UUAUCUUCCUUCCUUCCCUCCCUCUCAAACAAACAAAAGACAAGCAGAAGUUAAAGGAACAGGCCACUGUUUAUUUCAACCAUUUCAGCCUGUAGUUCCAAAUUGAUCGACAGUAAACAAGAAAGUAUGAGUCGGGUUCUGAAUUUCUUCUUAGGAUACUCUUUACCAAGAAUAUCGGAUUUCCACAAUGGUUGUACAAAGUUUCAAGAUUCGCCACAAAUUAGAUCACGUUUGUCUUAUGGGAAGCCUUCUGCAGUCCAAAAUUGUAAAAGGGUUCAAUUUUCACCACAAGCUUUAAAUCUGGAGCUAGCUGCUUAUGCUGAUUUGCAUUCACUUCCAGACGAGGCUGAAGCUCGUGACGGAAGAGAUUCAGAUAUCUUACCUCAUGUUCAAACCCUUAGAAAUUUUCCAGAGGAGGAACUAAUGGGCAAAGUUGUCAUGGUCAGAUUGGAUUUGACCAUUCUGCUAAGGGAGCAGAAGAAAAAGCAGUCGCCAGCAGGUCGUGUAAUUUCAACCAUCAAGUAUCUACACAAAGCCGGGGCAAAAUUAAUUUUAAUAAGUAGCUGGAGUGCGAGAGCUGAUUCACAGCUUCUGAAAUUGGAACGUGUUGCAGAAUUUCUAUCGUCAGAACUUGAAAUGGAAGUCAUACCAGUGGAGCUUGGUUCUGGAUUUGAGCAGUCUCAGAUGGAAGAUGGACAUAAUUCUGACAUCCUUCUACUUGAGAACCUUUCUCAGUUUAAGCAGGAGCAAGCCAAUUGUUCAGAGUUUGCACGAUGCCUAUCAUCUGGGGUAGAUAUCUUUGUUAAUGAUGCAUUUUCCCAAUCACAUAAGAUUCUUGCAUCAAAUGUUGGUAUUACCAGCUUCUGCUAUGCCUCCAUUGCCGGAUUUCACUUUGAUGAGGGAAUGUCUCAACUGAAGAAAAUAAUCAAGAUGAACAAAAGACCCUAUUAUGCAAUAAUUGGUGGAGCUAAUCUCGCUGGGAAAGCAGCAGCCUUGCAAUUUUUGGCAUCUAGAUGUGACGGUUUAGUCUUUGUUGGAGAUGCUGCAUUUCAAAUCAUGCAUGCUUUUGGAUUAGCUGUGCCUAUGGAAUUGGUGGAAAAAGAAUCACUAGAAGCAGCCCAUAUGCUAAUUGAGGCUUCAAAGGCAAGAGGAGUACAAAUUGUAUUACCAAAAGACUUUUGGUGCCUCAAUGAUCAUUAUCCACUACAGAUGAAGAUUUGUACUGCUAAUCAUAUCAUGGAUGGAUGGAAACCUGUUGAUGUUGGACCCAACACGUUGGAGGAAAUGAUCUCCAUGCUUUCAAGAUGCAAGAAAAUUUUGUGGAUUGGAGCUAUAAAGUUCGCCGCAUCAAAUCAAGAAUCUGCUGGAACGUCCAAAUUGGCUGCAAUGCUUUAUAAUCUUAGUCAAAAGAACUGUGAUCUUAUUGUGGUUGGCAAACAGGCAUGUGAGACAUUUGUUGGGAAAUCAAGUUAUGUAACGGUCGAUUUGAUUGAAAACGCUUCCAUUGUCUGGGAGUUUCUGAAAGGGAGAAAGCUUCACGGCCUCUUGGCACUAGAUAGAGCAUACCCAUUUGAGUUGAACUGGGAUGCUAUAUAUACCAAUACGACCCUACCUCUUGUUGUUGAUGUAGGAAGUGGCAACGGCUUAUUUCCGUUCAGAAUGGCAAAGAUGAGGAAGGAUUGGAACUUUCUUGGCAUGGAGAUGAAUGAAAAGUUGGUGAGCCGUUGUAUUGAUCAUGUUUCUCAAUCUGGCAUGACUAAUGGAUACUUCAUAGCAACAAAUGCCACAUCGACAUUCCGGUCCAUUGUUUCCAGUUACCCUGGUGAUCUGGUUCUUGUGUCAAUACAGUGUCCAAAUCCAGAUUUCAAUAAACCAGAAUACCGAUGGAGGAUGGUGCAAAGAUCAUUAGUUGAAGCAAUAGCAGACUUACUGGCUUCAGAUGGAAAGGUAUUUCUCCAAUCUGAUGUAAAAGAAGUUGUAGUGAGAAUGAAAGAAGAAUUUAUGAAAUAUGGUAAGGGCAAGCUCGCAGUGGUGCAUGAUUUGGAUGAUAGCACCAGUCAUCAAGAUGGGUGGUUGAAGGAAAAUCCCUUUGGCAUUCGAUCGGAUUGGGAGCAACAUGUUAUAGACCGUGGAUCUCCUAUGUACCGAUUACUGCUAUUGAAAUCUUUGAGUUCUGGUUGAGAUAGAUGCAACAGGGUGGAUUCACGAACAAAAUCAUUCUUAAAAGGACGUCUACAGGCCAAACUGUGGAUGAGUGGCUAUUCUUAUCUCUCCGAGUGUUUGUAGAAAAAUACUGUCCGGACCUCCUUAGAUAGUCUCGUAGUUUGAACAGUGGGCACGCUGAAAAGAACGGGAGCUGCAAUAUGAUACCAAAACUAUCCACUGGCACCAAAGAGAGUAUUCAGGCUUUCCUUGGUAUAUUGUAGUGACCUGUUUGUAGCAGAAGAUGACAGUACGAUGGAUGCCGAUUGAGGCUGCUCAAUUGUACCUGCAAUGUAGUUAAGGCAGAGAAAGAAGCUGGGAUUUCCAUAGGAACAGAAAGAAAAAGAUGCAGACACCAGAAGUUUCUUCCUUUUACUGAAGCAAAUCAUUCCAAGGCUUGUCAUUCUAGUUUGUGUCACCUCACAUGUUCCUUAUCUCCUCAUCUAUGUAUCUAUGGCUAUGGAAACAUUAAUCUUUAGUGUUAUGUUAUAGUGUGUAGCAUGAAACUUAAGGUUGCUGGACUAACUAGCCCGAAGAUACUCACAUGGUGUAAUAUUGUUCGUUUUGGGCCAAGCUCACACGGUUUUUCCGAAAA